GUUUACCUUAUAGAAACUAUUUCCAGGAAUACUCGACGUAUUUCCAGUGGCGACGUGGUCGCGAUGCCACCGCGACAGGAAUCCUCUUUCUCUGUUACAUGUAGUAUACCCACCCGUCCUAUUCUUAGCGUUCAUCGCGCGCAUCGCGAGUAACGGGCUGGACGAUGACGACGUAUGCCAGCGAGAGAGCGAGUGAGAAAGAGAAGGACAGAGAGAGAGAGAGAGAGAGAGCGUGAGCGAAAGAAAAAGAAAGAAAAGGAGAAGACAAACAGAAUGACGAGAGAGAGAGAGAGAGAGAGGGAGAGGGGGGACAAUGGUAAAAGGGAUGAAAAGAAGAAGAGCGCAUAGAGAGAAACACGAGGAUGGAAAUCCGACGACGUUGUAGUUAGUUUAUCGGCCGCCGAUAAAGCAGAGACUCCCGCCGAUCCUUUUGGCUUACAAGAAGAAGAGAGCGUGAAACUGGCAUUCUGGUUUCGUUGGUUAGGGGGAAGGGGGAGAGGGAGAGGCAGAGGCAGUAAGUUCGUCGUAUCGCCGCGGCGACGUUUAAAGUUUCGCGAGGCGCGCGGCGGGGCAGCUUUUGGCUCGUUCGCGCGCGUCGAUGACGAAAGCGAGAUACGUAAGAUCCACGUAUGUACGUACGAACGUAUUAUAUGUACGUAUGUACGUAUGUACGUGCGCGAACAUAAGAUGUUAAAAUGAAAGCAAGCAAGCGAGCGAGCGAGCAAGUAAGCAAGCAAGCAAGCAAGCGAGCGAGCGAGCGAGCUAAGCAAGCAGCUUCGAAGGCCGCGGGAAUUUUGUAAGCCAGUAACUCGCCUACGUCGAAAUUUUGGUUGCCUUUACUCCGCGACAUCGAGGACGAAAGAUUUCCUUCGUUCUCGAUGGAGAGGGGGAGGAAAGAGGAGAGGGAAAGAAAGAGAGAGGAGAGAGACAAGGCAAAAGUCUCUCUUUCUAGGUCGACUUCUUACGAGUCUCUCUCAAAGACGAAACUCUUCCUUCCCGUUUCAUCCAUAUCCUUUCAACGAAACGUUCUCUCUCUCUUUCUUUUUCUACUUUUCUCUCCGUUUUUUUCUUUUUUUUUUGCGUUUUAUAUCCCGAAAUACAACUCGCUAUUUUCUAUUCGCACUCUACGGUAAAUCGAAAAUUUCGAUGCUCGAGUAUUUUCCUCCAGUUCUCCACUACGGAUCGAUCUAAGCUGCCGCUAAAUAUAAUUAUAGUCGGGUGGUAGGGUGGGAAGAGGUGGAGGAGGAGGAGUGGGGGAAGGGAGAGAAGGCAUUAAGUUUUCAAGCGGUAUCGGUCUACUGCGAGCAAGAAGCCGGCUCCUAACCUCGUCGUCGUCGUCGUCGUCGUCGUCGUCGUCGUCGUUGUCUAUUUGCGCGUUUCGAUAUUUCUCUCUCUCUCUCUCUCACUUUUUUCUUCUCUUAACUCUAUGAACAUAUACAUAUGUCAUUAUUCGAAUUUCAACUGUUAUAACGAUCAAUCAAUUAUUACAAAAUCAUCGACGUUGAGAAGAAUUAAUUAAAAAAAAAUUCUCCAUUUCUUCUCGUUACUACUUCCGUUCGAUUUUAUCGGGAGAUUUUACGUUAGAGUUUAUAUCUGACGCGACAGAGAUACAGACAGAUAGAUAGAUAGAUAGACAGACAGACAGAGAGACAGAGAGAGAACGAGUAUGUAUGUGUGAUAGCAAAGAGAAUGAGAGAGAGAGAGAGAGAGAGAGAGAGAGAGAGAGAGAGAGAGAGAGAGAGAGAGAGAGAAGCGAACGGUAUAUAGGAGCCGUGAUCGAAACGGGAGGUGAACGUAAAAGCGAGAGAGAGAGAGAGAGAGAGAGAGAGAGGGAGAGGGAGAGGGAGAGAGAGAGAAGCACGCAUGCGAGGUCAUCCCCUCUUUCUCUCUCUCUCUCCGUCUCUGUCCGUCUUUCUCUCUCUGUCUCUCUCUACUUCUCUCUCUCUCUCUCUCUCUCGUACAAGAGUGAGAGAAGAGAGAUCUAUACCGCAAACAAAACCGUGGAACGGCGAGGAAAGCCGGGAAUAGAAGGUAGCUGCAGUAUCGGCGAUACAUCAGGAUGUCGAAGAGGGAACCAAUCGUUCCCUCUCUGGUGGAAUUGGGUUCACGACACGCGUGUAUGCAUCCGAGAACGGAACUGGUUACCGACUGCGAUUCGGUAAACGUGGAAAGUUCCCCAAAGAGGACCGUGGUGGAUUUCGUUCGGCGUCGGGGCGUUCGAAAAUUGGUAUUGGCGUGGCCUGGAGCGGCAGCAGCCGCAGCACCAGCAGCAACAGCAGCAACAGCAGCGAUAGUAGUACCAGCAGCGAUGGAAGCACCAGUACCGGGAGUUUCUACUUGGAACGGCGGUGCCGGGGACUUACCGAGCUUACGAGGGCAAGAUCCCUUACCGGAAACGACAAGGACUCCUCUCCGCGAGAAUCGGCUCGCACCAACGCUAAAGCAGCCUUUCUGGAGCGGCGUUCUUCCGAAAAACGCGCCUUGGCGAUCGGCCAAGCGUCGCAAAACGUCAGGGCUCUGCCACGGGAAAUACGAGCUUUCCAUCUUUCACGGAACCCUCUUUCGAACGCGAUAA